AUGGCUGCUGUUGUUCGCCAUUCUGUUUCGCGCUUUGAAGACAACGCCUUGCCAUCAGACCCCAUGUCAUCAAACAAUGUCGACAAGGUUGUUCAGUCAGUCACAAAUGCCACCAAACGUUUAUCACAAAUAUCAACCAGUACCAACACUUCAUCCAAAAAGAGAAAAUCACAAAACAAGAUUGGCCCUUGGAAACUAGGCCGUACCUUAGGUAGAGGUUCUACUGGAAGAGUAAGAUUAGCCAAAAAUAUCGAAACUGGCCAACUAGCCGCUAUAAAGAUUGUCCCUAAAUCAAACUUUAAAAAAUUGGAAAAUCCCAAAUACAAACAUAAACCAGAGUCAGGAGAUGGCGAAGAUGACGCAGUUCAAAGAUUACCCUACGGGAUAGAACGAGAAAUAAUUAUAAUGAAAUUAAUGUCACAUCCGAAUAUUAUGGCAUUAUAUGACGUUUGGGAGAAUAAAAACGACUUGUAUUUGAUUCUUGAAUAUAUAGAAGGCGGUGAGCUUUUUGACUACUUGAUCAAAAAGGGUAAACUACAAGAAUAUGAAGCAGUCAACUAUUUCAAACAAAUCAUCAAUGGUAUCAAUUAUUUGCAUCAAUUCAACAUAUGCCAUCGUGACUUGAAGCCGGAGAAUUUACUAUUGGAUUUCAACAAAAACAUCAAAAUAGCUGAUUUUGGAAUGGCAGCCUUGGAAGUCAACGAAAAACUCUUGGAAACCUCCUGUGGCUCACCUCAUUAUGCUUCGCCAGAAAUAGUGGCAGGUAAGAAUUAUCAUGGUGCUCCUUCUGACAUUUGGUCAUGUGGAAUCAUCUUGUUUGCAUUAUUAACGGGUCACUUGCCAUUCGAUGAUGAGAAUAUUAGAAAAUUACUACUCAAGGUUCAAAGUGGUAAAUUUGUCAUGCCUCACGAGUUAAGCUGGGAAGCAAAAGAUUUGAUUACUAAAAUGUUGAAAGUUAACCCAUUGGAUCGUAUAGAAAUUGAAUCUAUCUUGAAGCACCCCUUGUUGACAAAGUAUCCUGAACCUUCAACAUCGUAUGCGUCAACAACAACAUUAGACAUCAGAUCCAUGAACAUCAAACCAAUACAAUCGGUUGAUCAGAUUGACAAGGAGAUCUUGACCAAUUUAUCGGUAUUAUUUCAUAAUUGCGAUAAAAGAACGGUGAUAUCUAGAUUAACGUCACCAGGUAAAAAUCCAGAAAAGAUGUUUUAUUACUUGUUGAUGAAGUAUCGUAAUGAUCAUAUUGCAAAGGUGGGAGCAACAGAAUCAUCCUCUACUCAAGUAAAAGCUGGAAGGCCAAUACCGAGAUCAACAUCAAUUGUGCAUACCAUCAUCUUUGAUGACGCAACUGGUGAACCAAUAACUGAAACUACAAAUGUAGAGCAAGUGGCUAAAUCAAGCUCCAUCUAUGAAAACAAGUCAUUGUUGAAAUCAAAGUCAUCAAAACAUGUUUUGGGGAAUAUUACAAAUACUAAAGGAAACGCUGCUGGCACAAAAGAGUUUAAAGCAUCUACCUCAUUCAAUAGAAAAGUGUCAGCAACUCACAAGUGUAACCAGUUUAGUAGAAGCCGCAAUGCAUCAUCACGCUCCCUCAAAUCACAUGCUUCAAGAGGUACAAAUACACCAACUCCACCAAAACUGAAUAGUCCAAUUAAAGAGAGCUCAAGGAGACCACAGCAACAACCUCCUACACUAAAUGAAUCGGGCAUUCCACAACGCUCUCCCAAUAGAGCCGCUGCAAAACAAGCUAAAGUGCACAAAUCCAGCAAACCAGACAAUCAAUCAAUUUUAAAAUUUGAAACUAUUUUGGACGAAGUGUUUAGUGACACGCAAGAUAAAGAAAAUGAAGUUCCUUCAAGAGCAUCGUCACAAAGGAAACGAGAAGGUGCAUUGGCUCGAAAAGAACGAGAACUUGCUGAAAAAGUUCAUCAAAGAAACGAGGCAAGGGAAGGCAGGCUUAGAAAAGAAGAACAGGCUAGGCGUGAGCUUGAAGAAGAACAAAAAUGUCUUGCAGAGCAACAAAGAAAGCAAGAACAGAAGAGACAAGCAUUAGCCGAGAAGCAGAAACUGGAAGAGAAACAAAGCUUGGAAGCAAAGCAAAGACAAGCUAUUGCCAGAUUAAAGAAACAUGAAAGUGGAGGUGACUUUGCAGGACUUAUGAAGUCGAAUCGUAAUUCAGGUGUUUUCCCACCACCUCCAAUCCAGUCUCUGUUGGACCCCAGAAAUUCAAUAGCAAGAGCUAGAACAUUGGGGCCUGUUCCAUCAAGACGCACACUUGGCACUGCCACCAGUCCACAAGUCAAUGAAAACACAUCUAAAGUGUUGCACAAGUUUGGAAUUGAUGUUGCACCCUCGCCAAAAAAAUUCACCAGUGAUUUUAAAACGUCAAGUUCAAGAAAUUUGGCAGCAUUGUUGAGCCCAUCACCAUCUCAGAAUAUUACCAAGACUUUCAAAACAUCAAGUUCAAGAAACUUGGCCGACUAUUUGCAUGGUGAAAAUGAUCCAACUCAAGACAAGAAGUUGACAGUUGAUACAUUUAAUGAAAUUGAGCAUGAAAAGUUGACGCAAGUACAAUCAAAAGGUACACCAAAUAGAAGACAGAGUACCCAAAGCUCGUACUAUAAGUCGAUGCUUAAUGAUAUUGAUGAAGACAAUGCUCAAGGCAAAAUCAAGAGAACUCCUGCUCCUUCAAUUAAAGAUGAAGACCUCAAUAGCUCAAGGAUGUCGUUGAUACCCAAUCCUCGAUUUUCACGUUUUUCCUUUGGUGGAUUGUUGGAACCAAGAACCGUUACCAACGAAGAAGGAGACAUCACUAUUAUGAGCCAGACUUUGAACAAUUCAUCUACUGUGGUUCGGAGAUCAAAUAAAUCGUCUUCUACAUUUGCAGGUUUAGGAAUUAAAGUAAGAGAUACGAUUAAGGAAGACGACGAAGAGGAAGAAAACGAAGAAGACAAGUUUGUUUCUAUAAACACCACUGCUAUUGACGAUGGCGACAGAUCAGGAAGAGAAGAAGGCGACUAUAGCUUUGAUGAUAGUCAUUCGGAAGCAACCACAAUAGAUUCAGACUACUCGUAUGUGGCACCAGCUGAAGCGGACAACACCAUUGGAUUGUUGGAUGCUGAUCUUUCGAAUUUUGAUGUUAUAAGUUCGAGAACGGCAGAUGUUGGCAAAGUCACCAACCAAAAGCCUAGCAUUGUCAGCUCUAGGGAGACGUUGAUUGCACAAAAGCACGUGUCGAAUGAUGAAACCAUUCGAGCUGACGACAACGAUGAAAAUGUUGAACUUCAAAGUUCGUUUAGAGCUCAUGUCAAUGAUGAAUUUGAUGCUAAUGAUGACUACUCACUUGCAGAAGGAACCAACGAUAAUCAAGGAGGAAUGGAAGAUGCAGGUGAGCCUGCAUUCGAAAGUGAUUUCAAAAGAUCGAGGCUUUCAACUGGUAUCUUUAGCACGGCACAAUUGCCAAGAAGCCCUCAUGUUCAGCUUGCCGAUAGUACCGGUGAUGAGACAGAUCCUGUAAGGAAGAAAUCGGUAUUGAAGGAUCACGUCAUCACGAGUCCGGUGCAAGAUACGUUUGGCGAGAGUAAACAACCAUUAUUUAGGAGGUUCUCCACCAAGGCAAAAAGAGAUGCGCCAACAGUACCUGUACUUGAAUCUACCCAAGAGCAAGAGCAAGUGCAACCAAAGGGACAUAAUCGAUUUUCGAGGAUCUCAGCUGGUUCGAGAAAUCUAUUUGACAUGCAUAAUAAACCACCACCACCACAACAACAACACCAAUCAUCAACCGGAAAGAGCAAUUGGUUCAAGAAAUUCUUCCAAUCAUUGACCAGCUCCUCCAAGCCAAGCAAACCAUCAUCCAACACAGAAGCCAAUAUUAACCGAUUGACCAAUAGAGACAUCAAAAUCGUUGAAUCGUCGUUAAAAUCGACAGAUUUGAUACGACUUAUCAAAGAUCAAAUGGAAUUGAAAGAACUUGAAGGAUCGGUGAAUAAAGUUGGCAUAGAUGAGGAAUUUGGAUUAAUUACAGGUACUGUUCCUAAAAAGUUUGCUCAUGGUAAGAAACUCAAAUUUAGAAUUGAAGUUGUUGAUUUGACCACAUCGUCAUCUUUGCAUGUCAUGAGAAUGAGUGGCAAUGAAAAAGGAUUUGAGAAUUUGGUUAAAAUUGUCACGUAUAUUAUCAAAAAGGAAGAACAAAAGACUUCCCGGGGCUGA